CCAUGUCAGAGUGUAUUGCUGGCGAGGAUGCAGGAACCGUGUGCAGAUGCAAGUUGGGGUCCUUUGACAGCAAUGGAUAUAGCACCGCUGGCGGAGUGUGUACAAGCAUGAACAAUCUGAAAGCGACAAUGUUGACAUUCUCAUCCUUGACGUCCAAUAAUGUUACCAUCCACUGGACACAUCCGCCGUAUUCUUCGCAAGUGUCCGCUUACAGCGUAGUUUGGAGGGUGAACGGCAGUUCUUCAAUAGACGGAAAUCUGAUUGUGGGUAAUGAUGUGUCAACAGCAAAUAUUACAGAACUGACGCAGGGUACAGAAUACGUCUUUUCUGUGGUGUCGGUGGAGAACGGGAGUCGUGCUGCUGCCCAGGAAAUCGAAUCUGACGAUAAUGUAACACUUACCUCAAAGGCUGAACUAAGUGAGGCAUGUGGUGGCUCAAUUUCCUGUGAUGAUGCCAUGUCAGAGUGUAUUGCUGGCGAGGAUGCAGGAACCGUGUGCAGAUGCAAGUUGGGGUCCUUUGACAGCAAUGGAUAUAGCACCGCUGGCGGAGUGUGUACAAGCAUGAACAAUCUGAAAGCGACAAUGUUGACAUUCUCAUCCUUGACGUCCAAUAAUGUUACCAUCCACUGGACACAUCCGCCGUAUUCUUCGCAAGUGUCCGCUUACAGCGUAGUUUGGAGGGUGAACGGCAGUUCUUCAAUAGACGGAAAUCUGAUUGUGGGUAAUGAUGUGUCAACAGCAAAUAUUACAGAACUGACGCAGGGUACAGAAUACGUCUUUUCUGUGGUGUCGGUGGAGAACGGGAGUCGUGCUGCUGCCCAGGAAAUCGAAUCUGACGAUAAUGUAACACUUACCUCAAAGGCUGAACUAAGUGAGGCAUGUGGUGGCUCAAUUUCCUGUGAUGAUGCCAUGUCAGAGUGUAUUGCUGGCGAGGAUGCAGGAACCGUGUGCAGAUGCAAGUUGGGGUCCUUUGACAGCAAUGGAUAUAGCACCGCUGGCGGAGUGUGUACAAGCAUGAACAAUCUGAAAGCGACAAUGUUGACAUUCUCAUCCUUGACGUCCAAUAAUGUUACCAUCCACUGGACACAUCCGCCGUAUUCUUCACAAGUGUCCGCUUACAGCGUAGUUUGGAGGGUGAACGGCAGUUCUUCAAUAGACGGAAAUCUGAUUGUGGGUAAUGAUGUGUCAACAGCAAAUAUUACAGAACUGACGCAGGGUACAGAAUACGUCUUUUCUGUGGUGUCGGUGGAGAACGGGAGUCGUGCUGCUGCCCAGGAAAUCGAAUCUGACGAUAAUGUAACACUUACCUCAAAGGCUGAACUAAGUGAGGCAUGUGGUGGCUCAAUUUCCUGUGAUGAUGCCAUGUCAGAGUGUAUUGCUGGCGAGGAUGCAGGAACCGUGUGCAGAUGCAAGUUGGGGUCCUUUGACAGCAAUGGAUAUAGCACCGCUGGCGGAGUGUGUACAAGCAUGAACAAUCUGAAAGCGACAAUGUUGACAUUCUCAUCCUUGACGUCCGAUAAUGUUACCAUCCACUGGACACAUCCGCCGUAUUCUUCACAAGUGUCCGCUUACAGCGUAGUUUGGAGGGUGAACGGCAGUUCUUCAAUAGACGGAAAUCUGAUUGUGGGUAAUGAUGUGUCAACAGCAAAUAUUACAGAACUGACGCAGGGUACAGAAUACGUCUUUUCUGUGGUGUCGGUGGAGAACGGGAGUCGUGCUGCUGCCCAGGAAAUCGAAUCUGACGAUAAUGUAACACUUACCUCAAAGGCUGAACUAAGUGAGGCAUGUGGUGGCUCAAUUUCCUGUGAUGAUGCCAUGUCAGAGUGUAUUGCUGGCGAGGAUGCAGGAACCGUGUGCAGAUGCAAGUUGGGGUCCUUUGACAGCAAUGGAUAUAGCACCGCUGGCGGAGUGUGUACAAGCAUGAACAAUCUGAAAGCGACAAUGUUGACAUUCUCAUCCUUGACGUCCAAUAAUGUUACCAUCCACUGGACACAUCCGCCGUAUUCUUCACAAGUGUCCGCUUACAGCGUAGUUUGGAGGGUGAACGGCAGUUCUUCAAUAGACGGAAAUCUGAUUGUGGGUAAUGAUGUGUCAACAGCAAAUAUUACAGAACUGACGCAGGGUACAGAAUACGUCUUUUCUGUGGUGUCGGUGGAGAACGGGAGUCGUGCUGCUGCCCAGGAAAUCGAAUCUGACGAUAAUGUAACACUUACCUCAAAGGCUGAACUAAGUGAGGCAUGUGGUGGCUCAAUUUCCUGUGAUGAUGCCAUGUCAGAGUGUAUUGCUGGCGAGGAUGCAGGAACCGUGUGCAGAUGCAAGUUGGGGUCCUUUGACAGCAAUGGAUAUAGCACCGCUGGCGGAGUGUGUACAAGCAUGAACAAUCUGAAAGCGACAAUGUUGACAUUCUCAUCCUUGACGUCCAAUAAUGUUACCAUCCACUGGACACAUCCGCCGUAUUCUUCACAAGUGUCCGCUUACAGCGUAGUUUGGAGGGUGAACGGCAGUUCUUCAAUAGACGGAAAUCUGAUUGUGGGUAAUGAUGUGUCAACAGCAAAUAUUACAGAACUGACGCAGGGUACAGAAUACGUCUUUUCUGUGGUGUCGGUGGAGAACGGGAGUCGUGCUGCUGCCCAGGAAAUCGAAUCUGACGAUAAUGUAACACUUACCUCAAAGGCUGAACUAAGUGAGGCAUGUGGUGGCUCAAUUUCCUGUGAUGAUGCCAUGUCAGAGUGUAUUGCUGGCGAGGAUGCAGGAACCGUGUGCAGAUGCAAGUUGGGGUCCUUUGACAGCAAUGGAUAUAGCACCGCUGGCGGAGUGUGUACAAGCAUGAACAAUCUGAAAGCGACAAUGUUGACAUUCUCAUCCUUGACGUCCAAUAAUGUUACCAUCCACUGGACACAUCCGCCGUAUUCUUCACAAGUGUCCGCUUACAGCGUAGUUUGGAGGGUGAACGGCAGUUCUUCAAUAGACGGAAAUCUGAUUGUGGGUAAUGAUGUGUCAACAGCAAAUAUUACAGAACUGACGCAGGGUACAGAAUACGUCUUUUCUGUGGUGUCGGUGGAGAACGGGAGUCGUGCUGCUGCCCAGGAAAUCGAAUCUGACGAUAAUGUAACACUUACCUCAAAGGCUGAACUAAAUGAGGCAUGUGGUGGCUCAAUUUCCUGUGAUGAUGCCAUGUCAGAGUGUAUUGCUGGCGAGGAUGCAGGAACCGUGUGCAGAUGCAAGUUGGGGUCCUUUGACAGCAAUGGAUAUAGCACCGCUGGCGGAGUGUGUACAAGCAUGAACAAUCUGAAAGCGACAAUGUUGACAUUCUCAUCCUUGACGUCCAAUAAUGUUACCAUCCACUGGACACAUCCGCCGUAUUCUUCACAAGUGUCCGCUUACAGCGUAGUUUGGAGGGUGAACGGCAGUUCUUCAAUAGACGGAAAUCUGAUUGUGGGUAAUGAUGUGUCAACAGCAAAUAUUACAGAACUGACGCAGGGUACAGAAUACGUCUUUUCUGUGGUGUCGGUGGAGAACGGGAGUCGUGCUGCUGCCCAGGAAAUCGAAUCUGACGAUAAUGUAACACUUACCUCAAAGGCUGAACUAAGUGAGGCAUGUGGUGGCUCAAUUUCCUGUGAUGAUGCCAUGUCAGAGUGUAUUGCUGGCGUGGAUGCAGGAACCGUGUGCAGAUGCAAGUUGGGGUCCUUUGACAGCAAUGGAUAUAGCACCGCUGGCGGAGUGUGUACAAGCAUGAAUGAGCUUAUUGUGAGAAGUUUUGCGGUGUGGGUUGAAGGUACCAGUACUGUUACCAUAGACUGGGCAGAUCCACCACAAGGAAAUGACCAGGUCAAAAGAUACGAGAUUCAUUGGACUCCACAGUUAUCGAAUGGAACGAGUAAUUACGUCGCAGGAAAUAUCACAAAUGCCAGACUGACUGGAUUUGUAUCCGGACAGCAGUAUUCUUUCUACAUUGAAUCUGUCGAACAUGGAAGUCGUUUUGAUGAGCAAGGCGUACAAACAGAUAUUAGAUACAUAACAAUGGACGCGGGCCUUAGUGUGGCGUGUAAUACUAGCAGUACAGUAUGUGCCGACUAUAAUUCAAACUGCACCAAUACUGAUGAUUGGAUGAGUACUAUUUGCAGAUGCCUCCCAGGCUUGUUUGACAGUAACGGAUUCAACACACCAGGAGGAAUGUGUAUUAAUAUGUCAAUGCUAGCAGUGACUGGGCUUUCGUUAUAUCCGGAAGAGAUGAACAUUGUCUAUAUCAGCUGGACCCCUCCAUUAGAAUACACAAACCAAGUCAAUAGGUAUCAAGUGGUGUGGGAUCCAGUCAAAUCUAUCAACGGAAGCGUAUCAUACAACGCCCUUCAAACCACUGCUGUCCGCCUUGUAGGGUUCACACCAGGUCAAACAUAUACUUUCUCUGUCUAUUCAGUUGAAUCCGGAAGCAGAAAGUGUGGAACAAUAUACUUUUUCAGUACCAUCCAUAAUAACAAUGGAACCGCAUAUGCCAUCAGCUUUGACCGAAACUGAUGUGGACGGACCAGUGAUCACACUCACAUGGAGCCUACCUGAUGGAAUCAAAACUUCCUAUGAAGUUGUGACUUCUCCAACACUUGGCACGGCAUCUGUUCUUAAUGAAUCCA